CCAAGUAGAUUUUUUCUUUCGAGCAACCGGCAGGAGCUCUGCCUUUUCAUUAAGAAGAAGAGAAUCGACCAGUUUAUAAAGAAAACUGGCCGAAAACUGAUACAUCUGUGAUACACGCACACGCCAGCCCUGAAGCUGCGCACCACUCGAGUCAACGACACUGUCACCCAAAUGACCAGAGACGACACCCUACAAUAGAACAAUGGGCUUCGGAGCCGCCGCUCCGACAUCCACACCGGCCCCGAGGCCACGCAUCAGCCUAGUCGAUGGCUCCGCCGCCCUAGAGGCCAAAGCCAACACCCAACGCACACGAGAUCACCGCCGCCGCUGCACCGGCUUCCACUCCGGCCCCGAGGCCGCGAACCCACCUAGUCGAUGACCAUGCCGCCCUCGCGACCAAAGCCAACCACCACACGAAGGAGAUACCCGAAGCCGCCGCUCUGACUUCCACGCCGGCCCCGAGGCCGCGCACACGCCUAGCCGACGACGAAGUUGCAAAGCCACAGAGCCACCACCAGCAGAUGAAGGACCGGACCUUCAAAGGUGUUGCCCCCACGAGGGAAGCGACGAGGAACGCCGCCGCCGCCCACUUCGGCCUUUGGGUUUUCACCCGAAGAGCCCGUGGCUGAGAUGACGAAGGGGCUCCACGACGCCACCUCCAACAAGGGAACGGCAUCCUAGGACGUCGUCGACGUCGGCAUCGACCGAGGUCGAGCUAGGCUUUUACCCGAAGCUCAUCAAACCCAUCUUCACCACAACCAAUCACCACCGGCGGCGGCGAGCACUCUACACCGAUCACCACCGCCAACCGCCUCUUACACGGCAAGCAAAACCAUCACGGCACCACGCGCCGUCAUGGCAGCCCCGCACCCACCGCCAAGAGCGGCACCGCCGCGCCGCCAUCCUCCCUCCUCGCUGCCGUAGCCAACGCGCCGCAACGCCGCCCACAGCCCGCCGAAGUCGAGGUUGACCACCACGCAGCAGAUCCGGGGCAGCCUCGCCCGGAUCCGCGCCCCGAACGCCGCCGGGACCCGCCGUAGGAGCACCAACAAGCUGGGAACACCUCGAGCCGCUCUCCCACCGGCCGCCACACACCAGAUCCGCCGGAGCCCCGCCCGUCCCGUGCGACGCCGCCGCGUCGCCGUCCUUUUCCGUGGCACGCCGCCACCGCCACGGACCUGCAGCUCCCGGCCGGAACCGCCACGUCCCGACCAGCCUGCCACCCGCGGUGGCCCGCCGCAGCAGCCACCGGCCGCGCCAGAUCUGGGCUCGGGCCCCAGACCCGCGCGCGUCCACACUGCAGCGCCAAUGGAGCUCGCCGGUGCGCCACAUCACCCCCGCCACCGCGUUCCUGGUAUUGACGAUGUAUACUUAGAGCUUAGAGAUUCCCCUACUCUACUCUUCCGAAAUGUCAAUGGCGGAGUAGGAAGACCAACGUCUAGCUUGCAACAUAUCCUUCGUGAGCACACGACAAUGUACCACAAGCCGACCUAGAAAUAUGCAAUUAUUAUUUUUAGAUGGGCAUUCCAAGUGGCCACCUGGAUAACAAAAAUUGUCAACAAAAACUUCUAUGUUAUCGUCACAUCAUGCCGAUACGAUAGCACAAGAGUUCCAUACCAAGCCUUUCAGAGCUUUGUCGUUCACUUGUUUUUUGUGCAUAAUGCCCGUGAUUUAAUUUGGAGGAUAGAUGAAAACAUCUCGAGUUUUAUAGCAAAAUUACAAAAUGGCGAACGCCUUAUCUCAAAUGAAGAAACACAAUGAGCAUCUUAUUCAGGCAGAAGUGUCAUUAGAAAAUCCAAGACCUGACAUGCAAAUUAAGGAUAUGGUUAUCCUAAACGCAACGAGUACCAAUAAUGAUGGAGUCUAUGAGCAAUGAGUGAACCACUUCUGGCAGCAUGCAUGCCGGGCAUGGCCAAGAGGAGUUUAUUUGCCCCAAAGGUUUCAGUGAAUUGAGGGACAUGCUGUAUGCAAGAUGGAACAUAAGGAACACAAUGCAAUGCAAUGCAAUCAUAAGGAACACACCACCGCGCAAUUCUCGCAGCCCCGUAAAGUUGCUGACAAAUGUUUAAGUAGACGACGAGUAUCUACGUAGUCACUUGUUGAAAUGCCUAGAAAGACAAGUAUUUAGGAUAUUGCAUGAAGAAAACUAGUGUAACUGAGAAACAAGCUAGCCAUGCACGCGAGAAGAAAUGGAUCAGGAGGCGCCCGGCACACGGUACGUCUCCACUUGCUUAGCGCGGGGGAGAAACGUUACUGAUAACAAUGGCCGGUUUCGGGCUCCCGGCCUAGCUUUAUGCCCUAUCUUUACAUUACAAGUCCAUAUAUAUUUCUGAAGUCGGUUGGGGUCGACCGGAGGGAUUCAGCAAAAGGUACAGUGCGAGCACCAACCACCAAGGCAGGCAGGUACGGCGAGGGGCAAGGUAUCUUGGGAAGCUUCUGGCGGGCAUCAGAAAAAUACGGAGGCGGGCAGACGGCCGGCCGGCUCGCCGCUAGCUGUGCAACAAAACAAAGCAAAACAGAUUCCGGAAAGCAGGCAGCUUUGGUAAGGCUUUGCUGGGUAGAGUACCGCCUUGCCACAAAGCCACCCAACAACUGCCAAGGGCCUAUAUAUAUAGGGACAGACACCAACCCAUCUUGUGUCCAUCAAGUCUCCAGCCAUCUCAUUUGUAGCUAAGCUUUGGUGAAGUUGUGCUGUCAGUGCGACUGUGUGACCAACUGAUUCAGGAAGAGAGCAGAGCCUGAUUCGUCCGGUCCUUGGGUGUUUUCUUGACUCUGUUUCUUGUUGCUUUCCUUGACAAGACAAAUUGGACUGAGAGGAUGGGUGUGGGCGGCACUCUGGACUACUUGUCCGAGCUUCUCGGCGGCGGCGGCCGGCGCCGGAGCUACAAGCAGAAGAGGAAGCAGUUCCAGACGGUGGAGCUCAAGGUCAGGAUGGACUGCGACGGCUGCGAGCUCAAAGUCAGGAACGCCCUCUCCGGCAUGAAAGGGGUGCAGUCGGUGGAGAUCAACCGGAAGCAGUACAAGGUGACGGUGCAGGGGUUCGUGGAGCCGCACAAGGUGGUGAAGCGGGUGCAGGCCACCGGGAAGAAGGCCGAGAUCUGGCCAUACAUCCCCUACAACCUCGUGGCGCACCCCUACGCCGCGCAGACCUACGACAAGAAGGCGCCCCCGGGCUACGUGCGCAAGGUGGACGCCGUCAUGCCCGUCGCCAGCUACGGCGGCCCCGGCGCCGGCGCGCAGGAGGAGCGGCUCACCACCAUGUUCAGCGACGACAACCCCAACGCCUGCUCCGUCAUGUGAGAACCUCCGUGAAGCGAGAGACGUCGAUCGAGCUCGAGGUCAUGUGUUCUUGGUGGCGGUGACAUGUAUGUAUGUGGCUCCAGACAGAGUGUAUGGCAUGCGUGUGCUGUUUAGAUUGUAAAUUAAGAGGAGAGUAAAGAGCAUAUAUAUGUUCGGAUUAGUCUUUGUUUUUCAGGUUUCUGUCUGAUGCAUGUGUGCUGGAAUCUCAACCUUUUUUGA